CGCGCGUCUGUGUGGCAGUUUCUUGAAGCCGAAGAAGACGACGACGACGACGACGGAGAAGGAGAAGCGCAGUGGGAUGUCCCUGUACUCAGUCCUGGCCCCCAAAGUGGAGAUGAGCAAGAGCCAAGGAAGGGAGACCAUCUCUUAAGACUCCCAAGCCAGGAUGGUGCACCUGCAGCAGCCCCUGCCUCUGCUUGUGGUGGUGCAGAGCUUCCUCCCGCUUAUAUUCUGUGAUGCUAAGCAAAUCAUACGUGCCACAGAUUUACUGGACUGGGAGGACAAAGAUGCUGCAGAUACACUGGUUGACAAUGUUGUCCAUUCAAGAAUCAUCAACCCUUUGCGACUCUUUGUUAAGCCAUCUCCAGCAAUAAAACAUGGGCAGAUGUCAUAUUCAGACAACAUGGACAACUUUUGGGAUUGGUUAUCCAACAUCACUGAGGUUCAGGAAUCGCUUGCACGAACUAAACGCAGACCAAUUGUAAAAACUGGGAAAUUCAAGAAAAUGUUUGGGUGGGGUGACUUCCAUUCUAAUAUCAAAACUGUGAAGCUGAAUCUUCUCAUAACAGGAAAAAUUGUUGACCACGGCAAUGGAACCUUCAGUGUUUAUUUCAGGCACAAUUCAACAGGCCUUGGAAAUGUUUCUGUGAGCCUGGUGCCACCAUCGAAGGUGGUGGAGUUUGAAUCUUCACCACAGUCAACACUAGAGACCAAGGAAUCCAAGUCUUUCAACUGCCGAAUCGAAUAUGAGAAAACAGACAGGGCUAAGAAAACUGCGUUGUGUAACUUUGACCCUUCAAAGAUCUGCUAUCAAGAGCAGACGCAGAGCCAUGUAUCCUGGUUGUGUUCUAAACCAUUUAAAGUCAUCUGUAUUUACAUUGCCUUUUACAGCGUUGAUUACAAACUGGUGCAAAAGGUCUGCCCUGAUUACAACUACCACAGCGAGACGCCAUAUUUAUCCUCUGGAUGAUACACUCCAUCCUCUUUUCAAUGACUGUUGAAACAGAAUGUUGAUAAUCUGUCUAAACUUCUACUUUAAACUCCUUAGGACAGUGCUUCCUAAUCAGGUUAAACAAACACAUUUCUUGCCCCUAAAAGAAAAUAAUCCUCUGUCUAUAGGCUGGUUCACCCAUGCAUGUUCUUCACUUGAUGAGUACAAUGUCUAGUAGCAGUUUGCAUGUGGCAACGAACCAUCAUAGGUCAAACACCAUAGACAGAACUUUCAUAGCACUUUGGAUACAAGUCUUUCAGUGGAGUAAGUUCAACCAUUCAGCUGUGAUUCAAUGUGAUGAGUGAUCUAUGAAUGUGUGAACCAGCCCUAUGUCUGUACUGUGACCAGAAAUAAUUUAAUAUUCAGAUACCAAAAUGUAAUUUCAUUGUUACUUGCACCUGUUGUG